AUGCACCUGGGCGUACCAAGGGUCCAGCUCGUACAGUUCAACACUUGCACAAACACCACCUCUAUUUCCCACACGGUAGUCCAAGAACGUCGCAAGUACGGGGCGCUUGGUUGGAACGUGCCCUAUGAGUUCAACCAGGCUGACUUCCAAGCCUCGGUCCAGUUUAUCCAGAACCACCUCGACGACAUGGAUCCCAAGAAGGGUGUGUCAUGGGUGACGAUCUGUUACAUGCUGGGAGAGAUCCAAUACGGGGGACGAGUGACGGAGGACUUCGAUAAGCGGCUCCUGUUGACCUUCCUCCACGUGUGGCUCAAUGAGCGCCUCCUCACCUCUGACUUCAGGUUCUACCAGGGGUACGGGCUGCCCAUGUGCAAGAGCCAAGCGGACUACAUAGAGUUCAUCAAUCAACUUCCAGCCACCGAUUCUCCUGAGGUGUUCGGUCUUCAUCCUAACGCUGACAUUACGUAUCAGAUUAACACAGCCAAAAGCAUCUUAGAGACGAUCCUUAGCAUGCAACCCAAGGAAGGUGGCCAGCGAGGAGGUGAGACGAGGGAGGCUGUGGUGUCCCGCCUAGCGAACGACAUGCUGGGUAAACUGCCUCCUGACUAUAUCCAACACGAAAUCCGUGAGGCGCUACAGAAGAUGGGUGCCAUCCUGCCCAUGAACAUCUUCCUCAGACAGGAGCUGGACCGUAUGCUCAAGGUACUGAAGGUGGUGCGGCACACGCUGCAGGAUAUGCAUCUGGCUAUAGAGGGCACCAUCAUCAUGAGCCCCUCCCUGAAGGACAUGCUGGACGCUAUGUAUGAUGCUAGAGUCCCAGAGCGCUGGCGCAAGGUGUCAUGGGAGUCAAGUACUCUGGGCUUCUGGUUCACAGAGCUGCUGGAGCGAGACUCACAGUUCCGUCGCUGGUAUUCCUAUGGCAGACCCAAGGCCUUCUGGAUCACUGGCUUCUUCAACCCUCAGGGUUUCCUUACUGCCAUGAGACAGGAAGUGACGCGACAGCAUAAGGGAUGGUCGCUGGACUGCGUCAUUCUGCAGAACUUGGUGACUCGUUUCAAUAGGGAGGACAUUCACGACCCCCCACCUGAGGGGGUCUACAUCUAUGGGCUCUUCCUCGAGGGAGCCUCCUGGGAUCGCAAACAGGGCCGACUUAUGGAGUCACGGCCAAAGGUGUUGUAUGAGCCCAUGCCUGUGGUUUACCUGUACGCUGUCAACACCACCAGCGGGAAGGACCCUAACCUAUAUGAGUGCCCCAUGUACAGGAAGCCGAAACGCACCGACGCUACCUACAUCGGGUCUAUUGACCUAGAAACUACAGACUAUCUACCGUCUCACUGGACACUGAGAGGCGUGGCUCUGCUAUGUGACAUAAAAUAAAGAGAAAAUCAA